GUAUACCUGCAUUUAUAUAUUUCUGUUUUGUACUUCUUUAGCUUCUUGCCGACCGGACAAUAGGCGCUUAGGUCGAGUAGACCGACUUGCCAGUUUAGGACAGCGGCAUUUGGGCGCUUGCCGCCUAAUUACCCAAUAUAGGAACAAUAAGUUCGGGAAGUACUUUAUUGUUUUCCGCUCGGUUGCGUUUGGCAUUGUCCUAUAAGUUGAUAAUAAGUGACGCCUAACAACGAUGUUACCCAUCCUUUUUGGACCCCCCGGGCUGCGCAGCUCUCUUCGUUCUUUCCUCCCUCCACCACGAUCACUUUUCCUCUCGGCGAGAGUGUCGCCAUCAUGUUAUUCAGCUUCCUUGCUGUUAUUUCACUCAUUUUCAGUGCAUCUGUCGCCGCACAGUCUAAUCCAUCUGUAGUUUGCGUUGCAGGUCAAUGCCUCCAGGGGUUCACGAAUGCUACGAUUGGAUCCACGAUAUCAGUUCCUGGUGCUGCAAUUGCCGUGCAGCUUCUUCCAGGACAAUACACUUCCGACACGAAUCCACAACUCCUGCAUACCCUCCUAACAUCUUCGUCUGCAACGUUAUCAUCUUCCCCUGGGUUCAACAACUCCACGACCGUUUCACUCCCUUUGACGAUCGCGCUUCAAGCCGGUAUUGCCGCGUAUCCUAAUGCAAACUAUUCCGGUUCCCCUACUUUCACACAACUACCAGAAACCAAUGGUUCACUGAGCUCUACCUCAUUCUCCGCCGGUUCCCUCAUGCUUUCAUCAAAUGCAUGGGCAGCGAUAUCCUCCAGUUCAUCAUCUACCGAUCGAUUGAUUGUAUGGGACUCAAUACCUGACCUCUCACAACUUCCUCCCAGUACUUCCGCCAGCAGGAGCUCACUUUCCAUCCUCGAUAUACAAUCCGCUGCAUGUUCUCCUCCGUGUUCUGGAGCAGGGAUUUGUUCUGCUUCUGGAACAUGCACAUGUCCCAUAGGGUUCACAGGCUCGUCCUGUGAAUCUUGCGCGUCUGGAUUCUUCGGACCGAAUUGUCAACCUUGUCCUCAAGGUUGCACUUCUUGUGACGAGGGAAUCUCUGGUACGGGACGAUGUCUGUCAGCUCCAGUUGUCAACCCUCCGUCAUCGUGUAAUUGCUUGAAUGGUGUGUGUGGGUCCAAUGGUCAGUGCACGUGCAACGCCGGGUGGACCAACGCCGACAAUGGAACCGCUUGUGCAAAGUGUGCUCAAGGGUUCUUCUUGACCUCGGACGGCAAUUGUCAAGCCUGCCAACUGGGGUGCACUCAAUGUGCUGACCAGACCGGUGAUUGCAUUGCUUGCAAGUCCGGAUUCACUCAGGACGCCAACGAUCGCACAAAAUGUGCGGCAACACAAUCCGCAACGUCAACCGGUACCGUCUGUCCGGACGGAAGUUUCAGCAACGGAACGGCGUGUACUCCCUGUUCACCCUUAUGUCAAACUUGCACGGGUGCCACAUCGAAUGACUGUAUCAUCUGCGGGGCUGGAAAGUACUCCUUGAAUGGGAACUGCGUGGCAGCCGAUGGGAAUGGUGUCUGUCAAGGCUCGAGUAUGAUCGCAGAUAACAAUAAACAUGAGUGCGACAGCUGCCCAUCGAAAUGCACGUCGUGUAAGAUUCCCAACUUCAAUGUCGCAUCUACUGUGAACCAGCUCCAGUGUACCGGAUGCCUUCCAGGUUUCGUGCUGUCACAGGGAAAGUGCGUCUCGACCUGUCCUUCGGGCACCUUUCUCAAUCCACAAGACAACCUCACGUGCACCGGUCGGUUUUCCCAUUCUCCGACUCUAUUGUCUCCGACUGAUUUGUAUUCCAUUGUAGCUUGUGACUCUUCCUGUGGUACUUGCGCAGGUUCGGCGACGUUUUGCCUGACGUGUGCCAACAAUCAGCUUGCUUCCAACGGGAAAUGUGUCUCUUCAUGUCCGUCCAAUACGUUCAGCUCUUCCGGAUCUUGCAUAUCUUGUCAUCCAGAUUGCGCAUCGUGUUCCGGAUCGUCGUUCAACCAAUGUUCAAGCUGUCCCCAAGAUCGUCCCGUUCUCACUGGUGGCCGAUGCCUCCCAACGUGCAGCAAAUCGCAAUACUUUGACAAGACUUCAUCCUCCUGUCAAUCUUGCGAUUCGAGUUGUUCCAGCUGUUCCGGAUCUGGUCCGAACAAUUGCCUGGCCUGUUCGAACUCGAAUCAGAUCUUGCGCGGGGGUUCAUGUGUAUCAAGCACAUGUAGCUCAUCCACAUCUAUCAUUCCUGGUUUGGGACUUUGUCUCUCAGACUUGGUUGCAGUUCCUGUUUCAUCCGGAACGAGCUCAGCAAUACCGCUCCCAACUGUCACCGGUAUUGAUACACCCAUUGCCCCAGCCAAACCAUCCAGUAGUCGACCGUUGGCUUGGUGGGAAAUUCUUCUCAUGGCACUUGGUUGCGCCUUCAUAUUCUUGAUUAUCCUGAUGCUCUGGCGUCGUCGCGCACGCAAGAGACGCGCUCAAGCAACAAUCGCCUUCGCUGUCGCGAAGAACAUCGCGCCGAAGUCGAACUGGAGAUGGCGUUUAAUUCGGUUUGGUGAACGUCUGUUUGGACAUAAGCCCAGUCAACGCUUUAUUCCUCCGGAAGAAAGCGAACACAUCAGAAUGGCUAAACUUAAAGCUGCGGAGGAGGCACGACACGAGAGGGACAUGGAUAAGCUCCUUGAUGCAUAUGAUUACUCUCGAUACUCGCGCGCAAGCACCAGCCGUGCUCCAUCACCUUUGCCUUCACUUCACGAUUACAACCAUGAUAGGUUGGCAACACAUCCGAAUCGCCAUUCUGGAACACCGUUGUCUGCUGGUUCGAUAUACUCGCAGGUGACGGGUAUGCCUCGAAAGACGGCGGAGCCCCGGCAACCAGUGAGGAACGCAAGGGAUUUGCUUCCAUCCAGAUUUUCUCGUUCUUCCUACUCGAAUUCUACUCGGUCGGACCCUCUUCCACCACCAGUGGAUCUUCUCGAACCAUCGCGGCCGCCGACUCCUGCGCAGGAGUAUGCGCGGUUGGUGAGCCACAAUCAAGUACCGCCACAAGGUUCGUACUGGUUGCAACCUACGAAUACGGGGAGUUCGAACGCUUCGCGCAACCCUUUCAGGCGGUGAUGAUUAAUGACCUAUAUACCUUUGAUAUCACGUUAUUUUUUGCAUCACAUCUGGACAACAUUGCAUAGACACGCACAUUAUCACAACUUCGGUUCUUACAACCUUACACAUACUGUACCUACACAUUCGAUAUAGUAAUACCACAGGAUGUAUCCAUACUUUAGCUCAGCGUCCCCUGUUCCGUCUUUGCGAGCUUGAAUCAUUCUAAGAACCGAACUUUGUUUGAGGAAAGUUGAGCCUUGGCACGACUUACAGGC